CAACACACUUCCCUCAUGCCAUUUCACUCACCAGUCAACAAGCUCCCAAAUCGAAAUGGGCGUGAAUUAAAAACCUGUGAAGUUGCACAGACAACAAAGAUCCUGUCUACACAUUCAUAAAACCCACAUAAUUCUUGAAUCUUUUAAGCUUUUAAGCAACAAUUCAUUUUGCCCCACAUGGAGAGAAGACACAAGAUUAUGCUAAUUGUGGCGUUGUCCUCUUCUUUUACUUUAUUCGUUACUCUAGCUUUGAUUUAUCUCUGCAGAAGUAAAAGGUGUUCAAAAGAUGAAUCUUGGGAUAAAGAAUCAAACAUUGAAGUUGAUGACAUGGAGAUGAAAGGGGAUUUAUUGAGGUUUGAAGGUGGUGAAGAUCUAAAUUGUUUUGAUAUAUUGGAUGCUCCUGGUGAAGUGAUUGGUAAAUCCAGUUAUGGAACUCUUUAUAGAGCUAAUUUGGUGAGAAAUGAUUCAGUUGUGGUGUUAAGAUUCUUGAGACCAACUUGCACCGAGAAGGUACAAGAUGUUAUGCAUGUGGUACAACUUCUUGGGUCAAUUAGGCAUCCUAAUUUGGUGCCUCUUUGUGGGUUCUAUCUUGGUCCUAGAGGUGAAAAGCUUUUGGUUCAUCCCUUCUAUAGGAGAGGAAAUCUUGCUCAAUUCAUUAGAGAUGGAAACGGUGAAUCUCUGAAAUGGAGUGUGAUUUACAGGAUAUCAAUUGGCAUUGCUGGAGGAUUACACUAUCUCCAUACAGGGCUUCAAAACCCAGUUAUUCAUGGAAAUUUAAAAUCAAAAAACAUACUUUUAGGCCGAAAUCAACAGCCAAUUGUGUCUGAUUUCGGUCUACAUCUGCUCUUGAACCCAUCUGCAACACAAGAAAUGCUCGAAGACGCUGCUCUUGAAGGGUACAACCAACCCAAAUCGAUUAAAGCAAAUGCUACGAAUCUUGAAACCGAUAUAUUUAAUUUCGGAGUCAUUUUAUUCGAAUUACUUACUGGUAAAGAACCCACGAGUAAUGAAAAAGCAAACCCAGAUCGAGAUUUCAAUUCUAACGCAAUCUUGGAUCAUCGGAUAUUGGGUUUUUCCAAUCCUGAAAAUCGAGUUGAUGAAGAACACAUUCUGAAACUGACUGAGAUUGCAAUCGCGUGUUGUUCUUCAUCGCCUUCUCUCAGGCCCAACAUAAAGCAAAUCUGCAAGAAGCUACGAGAGAUCGGAUCAUAACCGGUAU